AUGGACAUGCUAGAGGACCUUGAGUCCCUGCAGUUUGAGCACGGGAUUGAGGAGGAAGACCGCAGCUGGCUGUAUUUGCAGGGCCGUUAUCACGGGCUGCUGAUGAAGGCCUGUGCCCAUGCAGCCUUUUUCUGUAAGCUACUGCAUACUUUAAGAAAAUCAUUACACGAGAAGCGAGCUUCCGGAUGUCUCUCGAUUGGAUCGCUUGCCAGCGCCCCUGAUGAUGAUGACUUAAAGGUGGGCAUCAUUGGCGGUGGCCAUCUUGGGAAGCAGCUGGCUCGUGUACUGCUUCAGCUUGUCCCUGUCCCUGCUGAGAAGUUGCGGAUCUCCACUCGGAGGCCAGAAGUUCUGGAUGAGUUCCAGAAACUGGGAAUCCAGUGCUUUUACGGUAACACUUAUCUGGCGGGCUGGGCCAAUGUGGUAUUCCUCUGCUGCCUGCCCUCUCAGCUGCCCAGUAUCUGCACGGACAUACAAACCAGCUUGGAAAAAGCCUGCAUCGUGUACAGCUUUGUAGCUGCCAUCCCAAUACCCAGGUUGAAAAGCCUACUAAACCACACCAAUAUCCUGCGGCCUCAGUAUCAGUGUUUAGAAGGUUUUGCCAAUGUCUGGGGGGCCAAUAAGGAAAUCGUAGUGGCUCUUCAGGAUCCCGUGGUUCUUCAGGCUACCUGCCCCUACAGUUCUGCUGGCGGAAUAAUCCUCAAUAUCAAGUGGUUGGAGGGGGUGUUCUAUGCAGCUCUAAACAUCUGUACGGCAAAGGCCAUGCGUCACUCACAAGCGCUGCAGCUUCUGAAUGAGCUGUUCCUCUCUGUGCACUUUGAGGACUGUGGUGAGGACAGAGCAUCUUGCCCAAAAUUUCAAUUACGGGAUUUUGUCAGCAAAGUCUAUGCUGAGAACCUGCCUCACAAAAGGACUCUCCCCUGGUUUGAUCUGACUGCUGUGCAACUCGGGAAAACUCCUUUUAGCCAGCACCUCUUAACCUGCCCUGCUCUCCAGCGCCACCUUACCCAUCUGUACUGUGAUUCGUUUGGCAUCCCCCUAACCAAAGGACAGCAGCCCGAGGCUUCCACAGGCUCUCCAUCCCAGUGA